ACGCCACUUCCGCUUCCUCUGAGGGCGGCAGGCAAAGAUGGCGGCGGGCAAGAGGCAGCGUGGAGGUGCCGGGCAAGGUAACGCGGCGGGGCCGAAAAGGAAGCGGGCGAAGAAGGCUCCGGAGGCCAAAGCCGAGAGGGAAGAGAAAGAAGGUCCUGCCGGAGGGGUGGGCCCAGAGGAGCACCACAUCCCGGCCCCGGUCUCGCAGGGCAAAUGGAAAAACAAAGAGAGGGUGCUCAUUUUUUCCUCCAGAGGCAUAAAUUUUAGGACAAGGCACCUGAUGAAAGACCUGCGAACACUGAUGCCUCACUCCAAAGCAGAUACCAAAAUGGAUAGAAAAGACAAGCUCUUUGUUAUUAAUGAGGUUUGUGAAAUGAAAAAUUGCAACAAAUGCAUAUUCUUUGAAGCGAAAAAGAAGCAGGAUCUUUACAUAUGGCUUUCAAAUGUACCCCAUGGACCAUCAGCCAAAUUUUUAGUGCAGAACAUUCACACACUAGCUGAGCUGAAGAUGACUGGGAAUUGUUUGCGAGGCUCCCGACCUAUUCUGUCUUUUGAUCCUGCUUUUGAUCGGGAGCCACAUUACGCUUUACUGAAAGAGCUGUUUAUUCAGAUUUUUAGUACUCCGCAGUAUCAUCCCAAAAGCCAGCCAUUUGUGGAUCAUGUUUUCACAUUUUCUGUAACAGACAAUAGGAUUUGGUUUCGGAAUUACCAGAUAGUAGAAGAAGACACAGCCCUUGUGGAAAUUGGGCCUCGUUUUGUAUUAAAUCUUAUUAAGAUCUUCCAGGGCAGCUUUGGAGGACCAACUCUGUAUGAAAAUCCUCAUUACCAGUCUCCAAAUAUGCAUCGGCGGGCAAUACGAUUGGCCACAGCAGCAAAAUUCAGAGAGAAGCAACAAAUGAAAGACUUGCAGAGACUAACUAAAGGGGAAGAGAAGGUUCUUAUUCCACAAGAUCCAACAGAACAGGUUUUUGAUGUCCCGGCUGAAGAAAAACCCGUAACGAUAGAACUCGUGAAACCAGAGCUAAAGAUUAGCUUGAAAAAGAAGAAGCCUCACCAGCGAGCAAGGAAGUUGAAGAAGAAACUUGGUAGAAUUGGAGAGUAGGCCAGAAAGGGGAGAGGAAUGAUUAAUUGGGACUUCAUAAUGUGGACAUUUAAUCAUUUUUAUUAAUACUUUUUUUGUAAUUUGUGUAUAACUUUAUAAAGAUUAACAGCUGAGGAUUGGGCUCAUAAAAUUUUGUCAAACAACAUUUCUGGGUUGCCUUUUAUUAAAUACGUUAACUUGGCUUCUAAAA